AUGCUGCUUACAAAAAGCCCUCAUGCAGUCGGACUAGGGCCGAAGGCGCUGCUGAAGAGGUACACUCGCAGCUUCUCAGCUCUGCAAGGCCCCUCGCCAUCUUUGAGGGCAUUGGCGAGCCGCCUGGAAGAGAUGGGCUACGAUGCGGAGACCUUGUACCCGCAGACGAUCGUGUGGGGAAGCCACGAUGCCUUUAAUCAUGUGAACAACGUUCACUUUGUACGAUACUUUGAGUCGCAGCGGAUGGUAUUCGCCGAAAGUAUCGCAAGGGACCUGGGCGAAGAGAGGCAGAAGGAGAUCGUGACCGGCAAAGGUGUGAGCUUCAUUUUGGCGGGAAUCAACAUCAAAUACCGGAGGCCGGUCACAUAUCCCGAUACGCUCCUCAUCGGCACAAAGGCCGAUUGCCCACUGCAGGAGGGCACGGAUCGUUUCACGCUGUCUUCGGCCGCCUACUCGCUCAAAGCUUGGGAAGCCCACCAAUCGCAGUCCGGCAGCCGGGAGCCGGGCCCAGUCUGCGUAGCCGACGCACUCUGCGUGACCUACGACUACGAUAAGCUGGCAAAGUGCGCCAUGCCAAAAGACAUGAGAAAGGCAUUCAACUCGCGAGGUAAAACGGUAUAA